AUGGCUGAGAGAUUGUUAAUAAGAGUCAUGAAGGGUGGUAACCACGCUAAGAUUGUUACUUUGAAUGGGAAGAAGAUAACGAAGAUGCCCUCAUCGUUAGAAAACCUGACUAGCUUAAGGAGUCUAGACUUUCAAAAUAACCAAAUUUUUAAAGUGUGUCCACAGCUGAGCACCUUGACCCAGUUUCAGGAUCUGAAGCUGCAAGAGUUCUACUGCGAAGAAAACCCACUGUUCCAGAAGCAGCCAAUCAUUGCUGACCAACAGGAGGACCUGUGGAAUCUCCGGGAAAUAACAGCAAGAUUUAUCAUGAAUCAGCUAGAAGAAAAAAAUUCUUUCAUUAUGCAUGCCAUAGAAGAGUAUCCAGAUAUCAAAGACAAAAUCUCUAAGAGGAAAAGAUGUGUAAUAUGUGGAAAAUCCUUUUUAACAACAUGGCUGGAAUGUGUUCAGUUUGUUAGUCCAUCAAAGGCCUGGAAGAUCAGCAAAAAUCUGAAGCUGAUACCUCUUCGAGUAUUACUCUGUUCUCAGAAAUGUUUUUGUGAGCGUGGCCCUAACAUCUUUGGAAUUGCUUAAACAGAAUUUCACUGGACUGAACUGUCUGCUCUUCCCAGUCAACACAUGCCUACUACUGAUAUUUUCAUGAAUCCAUUAAACAAAUGAAGACAAAUCAUUCCAUGUCAAAGAUCUCU